CAAAGCGUUAUUGGCCGCAACAAGGCUCUCCACGCGCCAACAGUGUCCAGCAGCGCAACCUCCGGAGAACAGGCAUUCGCCCAGCCUCUUGUUGUGACAGAAGCGCGAUUGUAGGCGACACGUGCGCUGUGACAGACCUGACCGUCUUCAAGCCGGUAUCUGUAAGUUCGUCAAUAGUGGCAUCGGUUUCGGCUUGCUAUGAUCACUAUCUCAUCUAUAUUAAUUGCACGACAACGCGUAAAACGGAGGUGGCAAAAACAUCCAGCAACGUCAAGAGCAGCUCGAAGUCCAUCUGAUCUGUCGGUACAUUAGUACUUAUGGGCAAAACAUAGAAGGCACAGUGGACUGCUCGUUCAGGGUUCCGCCGCCGUCUGCGCUGUCGUCCUCCAUGGCAGUCUCCCAGGUUGAGGAGAAGAUCUUGGGCAGAAUCGCCAAACAGACUGCUCCGGACAAUCCGCUCCUGUCUGGUCACCUCUAUCAGGUACUUGGCCUGUCGAUAAUGCUAUCGCGCAAGCUCUAUCGAGCCGGUCGCCUCCGCAAGCUCGAUACCACACGAGACACGAAGUCCCUACAGCUCUAUCAUCAAAUAAUUUGGCUCGCGCGAGAAGGACUGUCUAUAACGGAAGUUUGCAUUCUUCCUUAUUGUCGGAACGGCGAAAACGGGCCAUUGUGUCGUGUCAUGGCCGCGAAGCUACGAGCCUCACUUUACCAUGUUCUCUGCCUUUUCCACAACCGUCCUUCAGUCAGCGCAGUCAGUCCUGGAACACCCCGAGUGGCUAACUCCCCAUCGAACGUCCGCACACCAAAGGGUGACAGUGGACAUGGCAAACGAUCACCAGGCGGGUCGCAAAACGGGAGCCGAAGCAACGGCAAAAGACAAAGGACUGACAAUAUAGCCCUCCGCGAUCCUGUACCGUCGACAGCAUCGGAUGCGUCGUACAUUACCAAUUUGUGGGCUGGACCAGCCCGAACACCACCGCCACUAGGGCCUCCACCUCCCACACCUCCAGGAGCGCGCCGCACGCCAAGACGUCCCCCAGGCCUUACUUCAAUCGAUCUAUCGGCGUCGCAAGCGGCGGAGAUUCCUCUACACUCUCCGCGCGACUUUGUACCGACGGCACGGAGUAAUUUCGAUACCGUCCAGCACUUGGCGACCAGCCUCCUCGCACCGACACACGCGCUGCGGCUUUCAGUUUCACUCGAGCAUUGCGCUUUUCUGUGGGAAUGCGAGAAAGAGUAUGACGGCGCAGUUCGGUUAGCACGACGGACCAUCAAGCAGGUGUAUGAUUCGACCGAGGGUCUGGACGACGAAGAGUUUACGGAUGCUUCGCUCAUUGUACAAGCGCUCGCCGGUAUUGUCAGGCGCGGCAAGAACGGCGUUGCGCGUACACCAAGUCGUGAGCUACCACCGACCUCAAAACAGCAAACCGUGAGUCACACUCGCGGACCCGUUGACCGCACCAUUGCGGUAAGUCCGACAAACCGUGGAGCACGCAUACAAUCUCCUGCACAGCGAGGAUCCAUAAUGCGGACACCAGAGCGGCUGUCGACGGUUCCUGAAGUUGAGUCAAUAGAUGCCACAAGCGAGUCGCAGACACUAGCUGCGCUCAGCCCUCCCGUCUCUCGAUUGAGUAGCAGGAGUAGGCAAGGGCGGACGUCGUCGGCGUCAGCCGCUUCGGACAAGCCGUCAAAGCGACGAGUCGUUGAACAAGCAGAGGAACUGUUCAGGCGCAAUAGCUCGAGCAACCAAAGUAGUGGAGCACGCAGUCGGCAGGCAACCCCACACGAAGAAGGACUGAGCGGCGCUGCCAACCACCCUUCUCGACAGCCUCGCCGAACGAGCAGUGCUCUUACCUGUGCCGAGGAUAGACGGGACGCUGUGUUGAGAGCGUUGGAAAUCGUAUCUUCGGUCUCAAACGCUCUUAAUGUGCCAGGCCAGCCCCGAUUUCUACAUGCAUAGUGGCGGCUAUGACGAAACACAAUUGCGGCGCGUCAAGAGCCAUUUCUAAACACGCGUGCACUAUUGCAUUCAGGUCUAUCAGACAAAGACGCAAUCGACCUAACACCAAAAAAGUUCAGGAGUGCCUAGGCUACUUGCGUUGAAGGAUCGAAUCAGUGUAGGUUCGCCCGUUGU